UCUAUCCAUUCAAACAGGUGGUCCUGAUCAAUUUGUCUAUCCAAUAGUUAGAGCCUUUUGAAUUAGGUAGUGAUUUUUUCCAAAGAAGCUUUGGAAGGGGGAAGAGGGAUGAGGGUCCAAGGAGUUCUUCAUCACCAGAACUACCACAUAACAGGAACAAACCCGACACCAGUCUUCCCCAUUACUCCCCAUCACUUCUCCAAAACCCAAAUCCUGAACACAGUGAACCAAAACCACACACAAUGGCAAAGGCUAAGGAUUUGUACAAUCCCAGCAACACUAGGAUCAAAAUCUAGUAAGAGAUUUCCAAGCAUAUUAGCAGCAGCAGCAGCUCAGCCUUCACAGCCUCUGGACCUAACAGAAGACAACAUUAGACAGGUCUUGGCCGAUGCCAGAGUCGAAUUUGGUCAGCUCUUUGACACUUCAGUUGGCAUGACAGGACAAGUUGAUCUUGCUGACCUAGAUGGACCCUUUGUGAAGAUCAGUCUCAAAGGCCGGUUUUGGCAUGAACGCAGCCUUGUUCUGGCUAGGCUGGCCAAUUAUCUGAAGCAGAGAAUCCCUGAAAUUUUGGAGGUAGAUAUAGAAGAUGAGAAACAACUGGAUGACAGCCCUGCAAACUUUUAGGUUCAGAUAUAUAAGUAAAGUGAGAAGCUUACCUACAACAGCAGGAGCUGGGAAAAUGAUCAAUUAACUUGCAACUUGGGUCCCCAGGCAAGACACUAUAAAGCUAGCCUUGGAGGCAAAAAUUAUUUAUAAAUGUCUUUUAAGUGGAACAUGUCUUAUCAAAUUUUGAAGGAAAGAACUAUAUAUGUGUGGAUGAAAUUAUGAGUUUGAACAGAUUACACAUAUGAGUUUCA